CAAAAUCUCAACAUGUACCACGUGACAUUCGCGAGAGUAUGUCAAUUUUGGCAGUGUUUUUGUUAGUUUUCGCCAAUUCUGUUUGAUGUGUGUUGUGAAGUAAUAUACAGUUGACGUCGCUUAGUUUUCAGGGUUGAAAAAUGUCGGGCAUUGCACUUGGUCGUCUAAGUGAAGAAAGAAAAUCUUGGAGGAAGGAUCACCCCUUUGGUUUUGUUGCUAAGCCUAUGAAGAAUCCCGAUGGAACACUUAAUUUAUUAAACUGGGAGUGCAAGAUUCCUGGAAAGAAAGGGCAAACCUGGGAAGGUGGCCUAUACACACUACGCAUGUUGUUCAAGGAAGAUUAUCCAAGCACUCCUCCAAAAUGUAAAUUUGAGCCUCCACUGUUCCACCCCAAUGUAUAUCCAUCAGGCACUGUGUGUCUAUCUCUGUUGGAUGAAGAGAAAGACUGGAGGCCAGCAGUUACAAUAAAACAGAUUCUUCUUGGCAUCCAAGAGCUGCUCAAUGAGCCCAAUAUCAAAGAUCCUGCCCAGGCGGAGGCAUACACAAUAUAUUGUCAAAAUCGUGAAGAAUAUGAUCGACGAGUGCGGGCACAGGCAAUCAGAUUCAGAGAUCCCACUCUGGGACAGACAUGAUGGAACGUCGACUCUGAUCUAAACUUUUUCAUGGCGGACCAAAACAUUAAACAAUAUGUUCGGGGUCUGUGCUUAUAAAACUGUUAGAGUCUAGUCUCCAGUUUAUAAUGAUGAUAAGCACACAUGCAAGUUGAAUGCAUUGCCAUGAUGUUAAAGUCUCCGCGUCUUGAUAGAGAUUUUAACAAGACUUGUUUCUAGACUUUAAAGGUUUUAUAAGCAUGUGGCCUCACUUGGUGAUUGUUAUUGCACUAUCUACACGACGUAACAUAGUUUGGACUUGGUGGACAACUGGAUUCAGCUUUCAGACUUAUGUAGCCAUAUCUGGAUUAAAACUAAACAUAGGUUGCAAAAUGACGAGGAAAAUCAACACAUUUUAUUUUUAAAAUGACAGUAAUUUUGUUCUCUCAUACUUUUCUCCAUUUUGUAAAUAAUGCACAUUGUUCUGUAUUAGUUUUUGUUAGUCAUUUCAUCCCAUGCAUAACAUUUUUAACAUAAACAUAAUUAUUAUAUUGGUAUUUCUGGUAUAAAAAGGUUAAAAAAUUUGAGACAUUUUAAAGUAACAGCGUGAACUUAUAUUUUAUUGUAUUCAUCAUCUUUUAGUCUUGUUAAAUGAAAAUGUUUUUGGCGUAUGGUGUUGGGCGAAAUAAUGCAUAAGUUUAUGUUUAAAAUCUAUAGGAACAGUUUAAUAUGAACAGGUUUGUUUUUUCCCAUUGGGUUUGCAAACUUCAAGAGACAUCAACAUGAGGCGAUUGUUGUAUGGUUGUAGUGGAUGUGAAUCGGUUGAUUCAUUAAGAAAGAAAUAUCUUUGUAUGAAUAUUUGUGUUUGCCUUUGUGGCUAUAUCUAAAAAAAAUUUGGGCAACAAUGUUGAUUAGUAAAAAAAAAAAAAAGAAAAAAAAAAAUGUUAAAUGAACUGGUAAAACAAAAUAAAAGGAAAAUAAACUAUUUGUUCAGCUUCAUGCUUACUUCAAUAGUAACACAGAAAACGUCUGCAUGUAUCGGGUGUACAAGACUUUCAGGUACAUGUUUGCACAUCGUAGAGGCUUUGUGAUAAAAAAAACCCAAACCCGUAUAGAUGGAAAUGCAAGAAGUGCAACAGCACAAUAGGUGGACUAGAUUCUAACAUUACUACUUGUUUAACUAACUAACAAGAUUUGACCAGUUAAAGUAAAAAAAGCCCCAAAACUGCUAGUCAGCUUUGUUGAGAUACAUUUUAAAGAAGGCAAAGUAUUUGUUAACCUACUUGUGCCAGGAAAUGACACCUUUCCAUUUUUUAUUUUAAAACAUAAUCUGUACAUUUCCAUUUGGCCUUUGUAAGGGUUGGGAUGUUUUCACAUAAAAUGUGCCAGCCGUAAUGGGAAGAUAACUACCCCAUUCCAUUCCCUUCCCCUCCUUGUCCUUGCUAUCAACACAUUUUACAGCCAUGUUAAUGACAGGGAUUAGACUAUUUGUAACUUUAUCAAUGUAUUUCUCAGUAACGAAAAAUAAAAAUCAUACUUAUUUUAA